GUGGGCGUGUCUCUGUGUGUCAUAGUGAACGCCUUUAGACUGCGGCUCUGCGGAGACUCAGCGCUGAUUUGAACAACGACAGGCCCGUUAUCCACCGGCUCUUUAAUCCUCGUGUAUCCUUCGUGCGUGUGCAGACCGAUCAUGGCUCACUCCUCCCGGGGUUCCCUGUGCCCGCUGCUUCUCCCGGUGCUGCUGGGCCUCCUGCUGCCGCCGCUCGUCCUCUCUCAGGGGUUUGACCUCGCUGACGCUCUUGGUGAUGAUGACAGUAAAACCGUAACUCCAUCACCAAAGCCUGCAGUACCAGCAGCUCCAGCAGGGGGAGCAGGAGGAGACCUCGAUCUGGAGGAUAUCUUUAAAGACGUCCCCACCACUAAAGCUCCUCCUAAAGUCGUCCCGAAUGUCCCCGCCGCCACCAAAGCCCCCGCUAAGCCCAAACCCAAACCAGCUGCUGAUGCCUUUGACCUGGCUGAUGCUUUGGACCCCAACAAUGACAUUGGUGGAAAGGAUAAGAACAAGGGGCAGGGAGGAUUCUCUGACAGCGACCUGAUUGAUGUCGGCAAUGACGGAAGCUACCAACCAGACAAAGGAAAAGGUGGACGGCCAGGUGGAGACAGAGAUCAGAUUAAUCAGUACGACGACAACAGUGAGACCACAGCUGAGGUGGGCACCAUCGCAGGUAUUGCGAGUGCGGUUGUCAUGGCGUUGGUGGGAGCGGUGAGCAGCUACAUCUCGUACCAGAAGAAGAAACUGUGCUUUGGUAUCCAACAGAGUCUGAACACCGACAUGGUGAAGGCCGAGAACCCCGAGGCUGUGGUCGCUACAGAACCUCAAGUCCAGCAGACUCUCCUGGAGCCGGCCAAAGCUGAGCCCCCCACUGAGGAGAACCCCGUCUAACACACACACCUACACACACACCUACACACACAAACACAAACACACACAAGCACGCACACACAAAUCUACACACACCCACACACACACUGACAUGAUACAGUAUAUUAAUUUUAUCCUGCAUCACGUCUGUGUAGAUCCUGCAACUCUGACCUGCAGAGGAUGAUGGGAUUUGUAGUCCUCUGAGCUGAAUGUGAACAGAUUUUCCUCCUCAGCUCUAAACAUGGCCGACUGUGUAUGGAACCGUUGCCAAACGUUUGUGUAAAUAGUAAUUUAUUGUUUCCUGUUCGAACACCACUCACAGAGCUGGUUAGCGUGUCGUCUACCGUUAGCUGGAGCGUUGAUGUAGCAUUUAGCUCCAGACACACCGAGGUUCAAAGACUGGAAAAAAAGUGAGGAACUGUGUUUGUUUUGGAGAGAGAGAGAGAGAGAAUCCUCUCAGCUCCUGUUGGCGAGUUGAUCAGGAUUAAUACGCUGAUUAAUUGGAUUUGACGACGUUGAUGAGAUUAGCAGAAAGCAGAUUCUGAGACAAUCUUGUAGGAGCUGAUCUCUGAAACACAACCUCUGUUUUUAUCUUUGGGUUUAUUUGAAGGAGUUGUGAUUUUGAAUCAGCGAUAUCUCUGAGUUGAACCUUUGUGACACUUAAAUGAACCCUUCAAGUUUCUUUUUGAUGCUCGAUGAAAUAAGAACAGACUGAGAGAUCCGUUAAUUCCUCAGAUUUCUCUUCGGCGUCUCGGAGCAGCUGAUCAUGAUAUCUGUCCCUCCAGGACCCUCUGGGCGUCUUCUGUGAUUUAAAUGCCUGAUUUCACAGCAGCUUUUUUUAAAAAGUUGCAAUGCAAGUUUUAAUGUUUAUUUUUAGCUCUGACAUUACUUCUGGUCAUUCUCUGUGUCAAGAUGCCAAACUUAACAUCCAUAAAAAAAUCCAUGACACCGAAGUACAUUGUCAGGAGUUGACAAAUUAGUUCACCUCAGCACACGCCCAUUACAAUGCUUUCCCAUUGGUUGAUUCUGCUGAAAAGUUGGAACGAUUGGCCAAAAAUGCAAGGUCGCAAAAAGAGGUGCAGGGAUUUGGUGAAUUUUCAGGGAUUGGGUGAAUUUGCAGGUUUGUAUUGAGGGUCUGCAUUAACCUUGUGAAAUAUCUGACUUUUCCCUGAAACCUCUAAAAUGUGACAUUUCUGUUUAAUUUUGUACAUUAUUUUUCUGAGGAGGUCUUUAUCAGCCGUAGUUUAAGUUCAGUCCCAUGUUGACCCACAUGUGUGGCCCUUAAAGGGGCUCCAUUGUUGGCCCGUAGAGUCCAUAACCAGGUGGUAGAUUAACUCAUAGAAGGGGGGUUACAACAGGUAACUACUGUUUACAUCAUGGUACAGGUACAUCAUUAGUUCUGCUCCGUAGUCCUCGUAUAUUCAUGUACAAAGUUGCCUUAUUCACAUUUUGAUCUUUUUGCAGUGAACAAACACAAGGCGUCUGAACAUUUCUGUCUACUUACAACCUGUGACUUUUUAUAGUGUAAAUAAUCUGAUAUUUAAAAAAACAUUAUAGAGUAGAUUCUGUUUUUCAGCUAGUAUUUGAAGAUGAUGCCUAAUGAAGGAAGCCUGACAGGUUUGUCUUUUUAAAGUUACCCGUUGUCUUUGGGAAAGGUUGAGCGGUUUAACGCCAGAUAAAAGUGAAAAAAGGAUUAAAAAAUUCUGCCGUGUAAUCUUCAGAAUAAGAUGUGAUUCCAAGGAAGACUCUGAACACUUGAUGUAGCAUAAAAAUGAAGCUAGCUUAAUCAGAUUGACUUUUUCUGUCCGUGAAGCGACAGUAAUUGGUUCUUUCAGAAAAGCAGGCGGUCGAGGCUCGAGGCAGAACAUGUUUGAAAUGUGACUUACAGAUAAUUCAAGCUAAUUUUAUUCCUACUUUGCUUUGUUGUGUUAGCAUUGAGUUGCCAGUGUGUACAGAAGAACUUUGAAUUUAACUUUAUCCCAGGGUGGCAGUAUUAAUGAUUCCUUCACAAUGAGCUUAAAACAAAUUAAAAACUAACUUCUUUACUGAAGCUAAAGCACAAAUCCAAAAAGCUAAAGACAAUAAUUUAAAGAUAUCCUGUGGAGUUUUCUGGUCAAGAAAUAAUAACAAACUGAGAAACUGAGAAGUGCCAAACUGCAGUUCUUCCAGUGUCCACUAGAGGCUGUGUCCUGCAGUGAGUCAAUACCCAUAUAGCCCAAUGUUAAAGAGCCCAU